ACCCGUACGACUCUUAGUCGCCCAAUACGCCAAACAACAACAUUUCAUCUACUAACAAUUGCAUCCAUUAUCGACUUACACUUCUAACUACACCAAAAACGUCUUAAUUCACAGUAAAUGGCGUCUAGGCUAGCUACUCUGCCGCGCCUCCUUGUCCGGCCGCGCCAUGUGACAUUAUAUGGGCGAUGCUCUCACGCGCGGCUCUUUGCAACCGAGACCAAGCAGUCAGAUCCUCUGCGCAUUCUGUUCUGCGGCUCUGAUGCAUUUAGCUGUGCUUCGCUACGUGCGCUGCAUAAAGAGCACACCAAAAACAAGGCCCUGAUUGAGAGUCUAGAAGUCAUGGUCCUGCCAGGGAAGAAGACAGGUCGCGGUCUCAAAGUGGUUAGCGAAGUUCCUUGCAAGAGUCUUGCUCAAGAUCUUGGGCUGCCGAUUCAUCAACGGCCUACAUUUAGAGAUUGGGAUCUCCCCAGGGGAACCAAUAUCAUCAUAGCCGUAUCAUUCGGCCUCUUUGUUCCUGUACGGAUUCUCCAGUCUGCAAAAUACGGCGGGCUCAACAUCCACCCGUCGCUUCUACCAGAUCUCCGAGGCCCUGCUCCCAUUCACCAUGCACUCCUUAAUGGAAAUACGCAUACAGGCGUCUCCCUUCAAACACUACAUCCUACGACAUUCGACCACGGCGCUAUUCUCGCUCAAACGCCCCUCCCAGGCAUCCCUAUCCCAGGUGACACAGAUAUCGCGUCGCUAACAAGUUCUCUGGCACUAGUUGGUGCAGAAAUGCUUGUACAAGGACUACGAGAUGGCGUACAUGUUGCACCUCAGUCUGUGAUUGAGCAGACAAUCACAAGCCCCAUCCGCCACGCGCCCAAAGUUCAAAAGAGCGAGGCAGGCGUAAAUUGGGCCUGGGCGGGUGACGAGUGGUGUCGGCGGCGCCAGGUGUUUGGCUCACUCUGGACUACAGGCAAGGUAGCCAAGGAUGGCGUCGAAAAGAGAGUCAUCUUCACCGAACUCGGCGUUGUUCCGUCGUCAGAUGGCAUGGACGCCAUGCGCAAGGUCACGGUUUCAGUUGGCAACGGUCUUGAAAGCAGGUUAGACGAACGCACUGGCGACUGCUACCUGCCGUUGCCUGAUGGGUGUUGGGUGCGAGUAGGCAAAGUUCUAGUCGAUGGCAAAAAGGAACAGGUUGCCACCACUGGAUUACGGCCAUUUUUUAGCAUGGCAUAGGCCAGUUUUGUUUUGUACACACAAUUAUUGAUACCCAGUUUAAUGUGAAUUUGUUAGAAGUGUCACACAUGGAUCUAAGCUGUUAAGAAAAAAAGAGAUCUCUAUCUUCAUUCAUGCACGAUGCUAUGAGACCGGCACAUAUCGCUCUAUAUAAGGAGGGAUUCUGACGUAGGGAGGCGAGCCAAGAAGCGCUUUCUCUAGCUGAAAGCCUCCCUGUUGUUGCAGAUCCUAUUCUAAAGAAAAAACUGAAGGAGACAAAGUAAAAAACGAACAAAAACUGGGAACAAAACAACAGGCCCGUGUCUAAAUUGAGACUAGACCAGAAAAGCAACAAAACGCCAGGUUGUGCAGAGUAGUUAUAUAUAGAUGACAUGGUUGCGUGUCAAGUUUGGUGUUGGUUUGACGCCAUGUUAAGAAGAGAAAAGGGGCGCUCAUAGUACAGAGAGUACGCAUGGCUCAUGCAUCCAGCAGAAUCCAGGCAUUACCAGUAUUGCACCUAGGAUGCGAAUGUGUCGAGGACAUCAUUGAACUUAUUCCUGGCACAUCUUUUUCUCUCGACUAGCCGUACCACAGCUCGAAGCCAGUGACAUGAUCAUCGUCUGUAGGCUCGGAAUCCUUGAUGGGAUGGAGCAUCAUGGAUGGAAGGCAGGUCCUGCCAUGUGUUUGCUCCCACUUGGGUCCGCCGAUACCAGUGUCUGUCCAACCCAUCCAGUUGUUGUAGAGUCUGUUUGGCGGCUCUGCGCGGUAGUACCACGUAGUACCUUGAUAUCUGCGUUCGCGACCCCAUCCCAUGGGGCUACCAUAGCUUCCCGCUGUGCCAUUGGGGCCUGGGUUAAACCACUUGUUGAGAAAUUCGCCGUUCCAGUUUCGGUCCAUGAAGACAGGGUGGGGGGCUUGAACAGCUUUGAGACCGUGGAGCAACGCGACGGUCUGGGGUGUCAUUUCGGAAGCGACGUGGUUACCGCGCAUGUUUUCAAUGUGCAUGAUGUCGAGAAGACGUUUGGAUAGGCGGGACUGCGUGACAAUAGUGGAUCGGCGAGGAAGCUUCAGAUUAUCAAAAUCAGUGCUAUUGUAGCCCCAGACAUGAGUGCCGAUGAUCCAGUUGCUGUGGAUGGGAUCGAACAUGGGACUGACGGUGAUGAUAUCUGCAUCUUCACCAACUCCCCAUUCGUGAUUAUCCAUGCUGGGCUUGCUCACAGGUGGCUUCGGGCCAACGGGGUUAAUGAAAGAUAGAUUAGGUGGUCCCCAAACCAUAUCAUCGCCGUACGUUUCAGCAAUGUCAUGUCGGAAGGUAGUGUCAUAAUCACCAUGGUAUUCCGGAAUGUACCAGCGAUCGUUACGCUCCCAAGAACCCUUGCGUGGCUGUUGCCUGGCAAACUUAUCAAUGUUGUCCAGCAGAUCAAAAUGGUGGCCAGUAUAGCGGAAGUCCAUCUCCCAGUUCCAAAUAAAGUCGAAUUCGGGGUGGUCGUGACUGAACUUUUGCACCGAGAGCCACUGCGCUGUGUGUACCUUCUUUUCUUCUUCAUCAGUAAGUUCCGUGUAGAUAUCCCACACCAGCUCGUCAUUCCAGAGAACAGUUAUGCCGUGAAAUUCUUGCGGAACCUGAUCGUCCAGCACCUUUUGAUAAGCGCUUCUGCUCUCAAAAAUGCGGGCGUCGGGAUCUUUGACGUGCAUCAAGAUAAAGACUUCAUAUUGGCCACCGGAACGGAGUGAAACUUCACUAAUCAUCGCCCGGAUGACUUGUUUGUCAUUUUCCGUAUACUUUUUAUUGGAAUACGAUCGGAGGAGAAUAGCAGUGCGCUUUUCUGUCACAUAUUUGGAGUUGUCGGUACGAGGCGACUUGUCAGCGCGUUCUUUGGCGGCAUAGAUGUCGUCUUCGCGGCUUCGUAAUUCCUUGGAAGGCUUCCUGUUGUUACCAGUUUGCUUCGAUGAGGUUUUAGAGGACUUCAAGUUGUUGGCAAGAUCGGGGUAAGUGUUGAUAAAUUGGUUCUCUUUGGAUUUGGGCCGAGAGAACCGGGCGGCGUUGGACCGCGCACAGCUUUUUUGCAAAUCUCCCCAGUUGACAAGAUCCCAGCUAACAAGAUCCAGUUUAUUUCCGACUUUGCGUAGCUGGGCUUGUAGACCGUACGUUCCCAGCCGAGUGUCGCGUUCCCAGCAAAUGUUGGGGUCCAUGUUGAGGGCCUUGUAGCUUCCAAAGAGAGGGUCUGGGAAGUCAUGCGGACGACCCUUGAAGACAAGUAGGUCCUCAACUGGCUCACCGGUCGGACCUUUACAAGGAACAAAAGGGGCAUGACCUGAUUUGAUCCAAGCUUCGCCGUUAUAAUCGGGGAAUGGGCUAUAUCGCACAGGCUUGUCAAUACUGAAUGCAACUUGGGCGGCUGGGUCCUCCUUGAGCUUCUUUGCAUUGUCCACAGUACGCUGUGACUUGUAAUCGAGAGUGGCAACGGUAUUUCCGUAAACAAGGUUUGAAGAGUCGAGACUAUUUCUUGCACGUUAGCUUUUUUCUUCAUGUUGCAAACUGCGGUUAGACUGACUUGGAUGUAGCCUUGUACACGUAUCUCCAGAUCUUGCGGUAAUCUUUCUCAGCCGCAAGCCUGCUAAUAGUACCUUCGUCGCGAUAUUUGCCGUCCUGUUCAUAUCCAGGCUCGAUAUCGUUCGGGUCUUCGCUGUCGUCAGGAUCUCUCCAGUUUCGCAAAUCGUCGGCUUGGAUGUCCCAAUAGGGGACUUGCUUUACGCCUGUCUGUAGAGAGAGUUUGCCAUUUUUCGUGGCCUUUGACGACACAACCUGGGUAUUUGAUUCUGAUGCGGAAAAUAUAAGGUAGUAGAAGGUAAAGGCAACAAGCGUAAUGGUGAGGAGGGCCCGUGGCCGUGUUGUUAAAUAGAGGAGACGGCGCCUGCUGAGGCGAGAAGUGUGGGACAGCAUGGCUGUAGCUAGAAUCGACCGAAGGUAAAACGGUGCGAAUGGUGUAUUCAGACCAAGCUAAGCAUAUGUAAGUCGUUCAGAUCGUGUGCCUUCAACGUCUCGAGGUAGAGUUUCGAUAGCGCGUUGCCUGCAACGGUUACAGCUUGGUGGGACUAGCCACAGUGAGGUUGAGGUGGCGAGUGGUUGGAAGAGAGUUAAAGCAGCGGCACGAAAGAAAAAGAAGAAAAAGCAGCAAACAAGCGACGGUGUGGUAAACGCAAGUUAGCCGUGUAGAGGGAAACGCGUCGCCGUGGCAGGCUGAAGGGCUGCUGUGGGGAGAAUGGAAUGGAUGAAUCGAUGUCUGAGAAGAGACGGGCCGCUAAGUAGUUCCAACGUGCUUUGUGUGUCUGGCAGGUGCAGAGGCAGUGAAGAAGGAGUAGAAAGAAGAAUUGAUGUCUUGAUUAAGACUCGACAAAAGAAGACUUGAGAAAGAACGAAAGAACGAAAAUAUCGGCAAAAACCAAAGUCAGGGUGAAUGGAAGAAUAAAGAAAGGGA